AGCGCGCGCCCGGAGGGGACAGCCGUGAAGAUGCUGGAGGCCGACCUUGUUGCGAAAAUGCUGCGUGCUGUUCUUCACUCCCAUAAAAACGGCAUUCCCCUGGCGCAGCUGCAGAAUGAGUACAAGUCCCUGACUGGCGACUGCAUCCCCUUCGAGCACCUGGGCUAUGGCACGCUGGAGAAGUACUUGCAGAGCAUCCCAGGAGUGGUCCGGCUGGAGGAGAGCAGAGCGGGAGAGAUCACUUGCCAUGCUGUUGCUUGCACCGAGACAGUGCGGAUUGCUCAGCUGGUAGCCCGGCAGAGAAGUUCCAAAAGGAAAGUGGGACGACAAGUCAACUGCCAGAUGAGGCUGAAGAACACAACUCCUGUCACGUUAGUAGGAAAGCCAAAAGGAACUUUGCGACAACCCAGGUUUAUGAGCAGCCCAGAAGAAUGCAGCAAGAGGCCUGUCCCUCGCCUGCAAAGAGUCAGAGGCAUGGCCUGCGGAGUGGUGAAACCCACUGCAGAGUGUGUCCUGCCUGCCUUGUCCCCGGCUGCUGGAAGUGGAGCACCUAAGGAGAUUCCCAUGCAGAGGCAUGUCACUGUGAUAAACAGACCUGAGAAGAGACUGACUAUUCCACCACGUUUUCAGAAGGAGCUGCAGGUUCACCUAUCCAGAAAAUCUUCUGUGGAUCUGAAUGAUAACUUGAAUGCGUCUGUUCAGGAGACACAUAGCGGCUCUUCUGCUCCUCACACCAGUGAAGUUCAAAGUCGCGUUAAGGAGAUUCUGACAAAGUACAGCAAUGGCAUCUGGCUGUCAAAAAUGCCUCAGAUUUACCAGCAAAUGUACCACGAGGAACUUAGCACAGCUGUGCUCCGUCACCUGGAAUAUUGGCCUCAUGUGUGCACAGUGGAAAAAGUAUGCACAGGUGAUCAUAUGGAUGGACUCCUUUAUCCCGCUAAGAGGGUACCAUCAUCAGUGAAGAGUGAUACAGAGCAAGGAAAAGCAUCUCAAAAUGUUACUUCUUCAAAAGCGGACCCCUUGUUAAAAACAAGCAUGGAAACCUCAGCUGCUUCUCUUGGCAGUGACUUCAAGCAGAAAGUUGUCAACAUCCUGAUGAAGUAUUCCAGUGGCCUUUGGGCUAAUGCACUUCCCAAGCUGUACCAAGACGCUUACCAACAAAAAUUUCCAGAGGGCGUUCUAAGUAAUCUAGAGUUGCUCUCGGAUGUAUGCACAGUGGACCAUAUUUCUGACAACCCAAAAAAGGCCAUCCUCUAUGCUAAAUCCCCAAAACCCAUUAAUGAAAAUCAGCAUGUCCCCGAGAAAGUCCAAAUGCGUGAUGAUGUGAAGGCUGCAGCUGAACAGCAGAACGAAGAAUCCAAAGAGCAGUAUCCAGAGAACAUGCCUGUCCCUCCUCUAGUCAUUCCAGCAGAAGGAUCGCUGUCUGUCUUGGUAGUAGAACUGAACAACACUAAUGAGGUUAUAAUUAGGUAUGUGGGUAAAGAUUAUUCUUCUGCACAGGAACGAAUGGAAGAUGAGAUGAAAGAAUAUUAUAGUUGGAAUCCUUCAGUGUCACUGGUUCAGUCUGUAAGUGUUGGGCAACUUGCUGCAGUGCAUGUUGAGGAAGAUGCCUGGUUGCGUGCUCAGAUAACUUCUGUGGAAGACAACAGAUUAAAGGUGUGCUAUGUUGAUUAUGGCUUCAGUGAGGUGGUUGAAAAGAAAUAUGUGUACAAACUAGGCAAACAGUUCUACUCGCUUCCAUUUCAGGCUGCAAAAUGUAAACUGGCAGGGUUGGAAUUCUUCUGUGAUGAUCCUGUUUUAGUAAAGACUGUGGAAGCACUAACUUGCAGCAAGAUAUUUGCUGUGGAAAUACUGGAAAAGAGUGAUAUUCCUCCUCUUGUCCUCUAUGACACAUCUGGAGAAGAUGAUGUCAACAUCAAUGCUCUGUGUCGGAAGGCGCUGUAUGACAAGUCCCUUGAACUGCACCCACAGGUAGAUGCAGUAUAUACAAACGUCAGAAUAACCAGCGUUUCUUCUGAUGGAAGCCUCUAUUGCCAGAUACCAUCUAAAGGCAUGACCAGAGUCUCUGAAAUCUUGCAGAAGAUAGAAGACUGCUUCCAUUACAAGACAUCCGAGUUUAAUGUAUCGUUACCUUUCUGUGGCAAAAUCUGCUUGUUUCCUUAUAAAGGAAAAUGGGCACGAGUAGAGAUUACACUUGUUCACAGCAGUAGGGCACUUGACGUGCAGUUCUUGGACACGGGAACGGUCGCAUCUGUAAAAGUAUCAGAGCUCAGAGAGAUCCCAUCACAAUUCCUGAGAGAAGUAGUUGCAAUACCUCCUCAGGCUACAAAAUGUUGCCUGGCAGAUCUGCCUCUCAACACUGGCAUGUGGACUCCAGAUGCUGUACUGUGGCUGAGAGAUACUGUACUGAAUUGCCCAGAUUUUAGCAUGAAGGUGGCUAAACUGGAUGACUCUAAGGGAACUGCGCACAUUUACUUGUUUACUCCGGAGAAUUUCCCAGAUCUGGAUCGCAGCAUCAACCGCCAGAUCGUAAACGCAGACUUGUGGAAACAUCAGAAAGAUGUUUUCUUGAGCGCUGCGGCCGGCGGAACUAGCUCCACAAAAGUGGCAGGUGAAACUAUUUCAGCUCUGGGAUUAACCAGCAUGGAGAAGAGUUUCACCGACUCGGCCAAGACGGCUGUAGAGCGCGGUGGCGCGGUGCCUUCCCUCGAAAUGCCUCCCCCUCUGCCCCUAUCAAAGCUCGGGAAGCCCAUGGAUGUCUACAUCUCGGUUGCCUGCCACCCGGGUCACUUUGUUGUCCAGCCUUGGCAAGAGCUGCAUAACCUGGAAGUCCUCAUGGAAGAAAUGAUGCUGUACUACAGCAUGGCAGAGGAGAGGCCUGUGAACAUUGAAAAGCACAAGCUGUAUGCAGCACAAGUUGAAAACAAGUGGUACAGGGUGAUAAUAAAAGGAAUUCUUACAAAUGGAUUGUUGUCAGUUUAUGAGCUGGACUAUGGUAAACACGAGCUUGUCAGCAUGAAGAAAGUACAGCCGCUCCUGAACACGUUUAGAAAACUACCCUUUCAAGCUAUAAUAGCUCAGCUUGCAGGAGUGAAAAACCAGCAGUGGUCGGAAGAGGCAUCAGUAGUGUUUCGGAAUCGUGUAGAGAAGAAACCCUUGGUGGCACUGAUACAGGCAGUUAAUGAAAGCACUGACUCUUGGGAUCGAAAAAUAGUGACAUAUUUAGUGGACACAUCUCUUCCAGACACUGAUAUAUGGAUUCAUGAUUUUGUGUCUCAAGAUCUUGUCGAGUUUUCAAAGGUUAAUUAAUCAUAACUUCUGAAAUGUAGCAGCUCAGAUUAUUUAGCAAUAAAAGGAGUAACAAGCUUUUGAACAGAAAUUUAACAGUUCUUACAUGGCCUUGAAGAUAUGAAGGUGAUAAUUUUGAAAAAUCUACCUGUGUUCUGUGAAGCAUUUUAUUUAACAAGUUUGGGUUCUAUUGACUUCAGGUUGACUUUCUGAAAACUUGCACUUUGUUUACCACUGUAAUA